AUGACAGCCCUGGCUACUAUGGCCGGGGGCAACAAGACCGUCAUGAAGAGGAACACGAGAGCAUUUGUUGGUGACAACACAGAGCAGGCCCUGGUUGGGCCUCAAUCAGAAAGGUUGGCGAAGGAAGAUGAGAGGGCGGACGUGGGACCGCACAGGAAGGGCUCCAUAGGCACAUUCACAAGUCAAAGCAGCCGCUCAAGCCGCCAAACGAGCCUCGAGUGCUCACCCAUGACUGCCGCGACGUCAUUGGAUACGGAUCUGUCAGAUUUGAGCAAAGAUGAACACUUUAGCCUCCCUGACGCACUUCGCGAUAUCGAGCCUCCACAUGCCGUUCAAGCCUACAGUCACAGUGCCAAAGCUCCCUUGCGGCCAAAUCCUACUUUACCGCUCAUUCCCUCAGAGGGGCGCCCCAAGAACUUUGGUGUCGUUGUUCCUGGGGUAUAUCGAAGUAGCUUUCCACAGACCGAGGACUACCCAUUCAUCGAGGGCCUCAAGUUGAAGACCAUGGUCACAUUGGUCCAGAAGGACUUCCCCGAGGGCUAUGAUGCUUUUCUCAGCAGAAAUGGAAUCAAGCAUCAUGUCUUUGACAUGAAGGGCACCAAGAAAGAAGCCAUUCCCAUUACGACGAUGAAGGCCAUCCUCCGGCUGGUACUCAACCAAGCCAAUCACCCGCUCUUGAUUCACUGUAACCACGGAAAGCAUCGCACCGGCUGCGUGGUUGGGAUCGUUCGUAAGACUCUUGGCUGGGACGUGAGCAAUAUACUCGAGGAAUACCGGAGUUAUGCCGAGCCCAAAGUCCGCGAGACCGAUGUCAACUACAUCCAAGGAUUCGAAAUGGCUCAAAUUUCGAACCUCUUCUCCAAGGACAUGAACUUGCGGCAAUGGCGAUUUGGGUCGCCCAAGUUCGCCAACUCCACGGUCGUGGCCAUGAUUUUCUUGUUAUUCUGGUACCAUUUUUCCGGAAUUCCGCUGCCAACUUCGGACGCGGUGGAUCGCAAGCUGCUCACCCAGUAGCUUUUCGGCGUGGCCUUCGGAUGCCCGUCAGUUCUUUUUGGUCAUGUUAUCACACUUUUUAGCCCCCACAACCCCACAGGCACCAUACAGACUCAGCGUAGCUUGAUCAGGCGGCGAGGAGAAUUCCAUUGUCAAAGGAGAAUGAAGUGGAAGGAUUUUGGUUAAAUCGGAAUACGGGAUCCAGCGAAUAUCCUGCUUCGGAGUGGGUACAGUGGCGUGGCGUUGCAAUGGGAUCUUUCGGUACGGGAAAUCUGGUGGGCUGGCAGACGGCUUUUAUUCAGGGGCAUCACAUGGCCACGAACCCAGAUCCGGAGCUGACAGGCCUGCAAUCGGUUUUACUUGCAUGGAGAAGAUAAACUAGGAUGGAGAGCGGAGACUAUCAAGUGCUGAGUGUCUCCUGGCGUUCGUGUGGUUUCUUGGUUUACAUGAGGGCGGUUCCCUAUGUUCAUAUGUCC